UGGGUCAAUUACAGCAAAUACGUCAUAGAAGUAGUCAAGUCCAAAGACCACGAGUGUGGGUAUUUGGACAAGCCAAAAAUAUUGCACUGCCUGUGACUAAGUCAAGACGUUCAAUGAUAGCAGUGGUGUUAAACGAGAACGUAACUAGAAAAGUGCACAGAAGUUCGAAGUUCACAAGAGAAAGUGUUUCCGUUUUUCUGCAAAGAAGGAGCGUACCUGGGAAACAUGCAAAAAGCAAAAGUUAGAAAAGUCAGCAUCACUCCUGAUUUAACAGAAGAGAAAAGAAAGCAGCUCUGUGCUUUGCUGGGGAAUGUGGAACUGUCUCUUCUCUACAAAGCUUCAGUUCAUGGAUAUCAAGCUUCUGCCUUCCACCAGAAAUGUGACAAUCAGGGUCCCACCCUAAUUGUAGCCUACAACCGUUCAGGCUACAUCUUUGGUGGAUACACUAGUGUAGAUUAUGCUCAAAGUGGGAGGGAAAUUUCAGAUAGGGAAGCUUUCCUGUUCAGUUUUAAAAGUGGAACCUCUAGCUACAUCAAAAUUAACAGUGGAUAUAAUGCACGUUAUAAUGACGCUAAAUGGCCAAACUUUGGCCAACAGCUGUACUUUUGCCACAACAACCAACCAGUUGUGUAUCAUCAAGGAGGGAAUGCAUUCAAUAUUAAUACCUCAUCAAUGUAUGGCAAUGACACUCAGCUGACUGAAUGUGAGGUGUAUAAAGUGGAACAGGAGCCUGAAGUCAGCACUGAGGAGAAACCAUGGAGGAAUGUUCUAUGGACACCUGAGUAUCGAAGAGCAGAGCUCAUGGGAUUGAUUAAGAACCAUAAACCCCUGAUGACAUCUGUGAGUCGUGUCAGAAUCCUAAUGAUCGGUCCUGUAGGUGCUGGAAAAUCAAGUUUCUUCAACUCCAUCAACUCCAUCUUCACUGGUCAUGUGACCAACAAAGCCAUGUCAGGAUCUGCAGGCACUAGUCUAACUGUACAGUUUCGCACUUAUCCAGUGAAUGAUGGUCGUGAAGGAAAGCCAUUGCCAUUUGUGUUGUGUGACACCAUGGGACUCGAGGAGCAGUCAGGUGCAGGACUGGAUAUUGAGGACAUCAGCAGCAUUCUUCAAGGUCACGUACCAGACCGCUAUAAAUUCAAUCCCAUGGCACCGUUUCAACCUGAUAAGCAAAAGUCCUCCAGACCUGCAUCUCUUCAGGAGAAGAUCCACUGUGUGGUGUAUGUGAUAGACGCCACCAAAAUCUCCCUCAUGUCUGACAAACUACAGGAAAAACUUGCUUCCAUACGCAGAAAAGUGAACUCACUGGGCAUCUCUCAGAUCGUCUUGAUGACAAAAGUAGAUGAAGCAUGUCCUCUAGUGGAGGAAGAUCUUCAAAGCCUUUAUGUCAGUUCCUACAUCAAGACAAAGGUAAGACGCGGUGAGCUCUCGGUGGCUUUGGGUGUGCCGGUGUCUUGUGUGUUACCGGUGAAGAACUACAGUCAGGAGCUGGAGCUGGAGCUCAACUGUGACGUCCUGCUGCUCACCGCUCUACAGCAGAUUCUUCGCUUUGCAGAUGACUAUUUUGAUGAUAUUCGUUCUGUGGAGGGUAACCCUAAAUAA